UCUGGUAUACUCCCUUGUUGUUACGUGCCAUUUAUUCAUACUACCUGCGCGGCCUGUUUCGCCAAGCUUGCCGUUGUACCGUGAAAACGUCUCAAGCAGCGCCGCACUAAGCUGCAGGCCUGCCGACGGGAUCAAGGCAAAAUCCCCCUGUGCCAACGCAGCGUUAUUAGCAUAGUGGCUGGCUAACCAAAGCUAACGACAACAGUUAGCUGCUUCAUAUCUGUCGUCUUUUCUACUGCGCUUAGUGUCCGUUUUUAUAAAUAUCUAGUAAUCUUUUGGUACGACGGCAUCAGCGUAAGCUGAUUUUACACUAGAGAUUUUACACUAAGGCAAACCCCGGGCAGGUGAUGACCUGGAUGGUGCCAUGUGAAUGACUGAAGAAAAUGAAGCCCACACACAAGCUGCUGUUCAUCCUGUGCCCCAUGCUGGUCCUGGGCUUUAUUUACUACUCCUCCGGGAAGCUGCAUCUACCCGUGUGGGGCCAGAAGUCUCAUGAAGAUGCAGAAGAGCCAACUGUAGCCCAGGCUAAAAGUGCUGAAGUGAAAGGAAUUCCAGACAACAGUGUAGAAGAGCCAACUGUAGCCCAGGCUAAAAGUGCUGAAGUGCAAGGAAUUCCAGGUAGAGAAAAUGAUGCAGAAGAGCCAACUGUAGCCCAGGCUAAAGGUGCUGAAGUGAAAAGAAUUCCAGAGUUGGAAAUGGACAACAGCGUGGGACCAAUAGUAGGCUCAGUGUAUGAUAAGCAAGGCUUUCUGCUGCAUCUGGACACAAAACUGCCACAGGAGUUGGAAUAUAAGUAUGGCAACCUCAGCGAAGGAACGUGCAAGCCAGGAUACGCAGCAGCUAAGAUGGCCACCAUCUAUCCUAAGUUUUUGAAAUCGGCGCCAAUGUUUCUUGAUCGGAACUUCAAACGGCUAGCGAAAGUCAACAAUUACUUACCUCCAUUUGGUUUCAAAACGCAAGAGAGAAUAAUAGACAGCAUUUUGACUACAACGAAAAAUUACGGUCUGGGAGAGGAGCUAGACAGUCUCGGCUGUAAACGAUGCAUCGUUGUGGGUAAUGGUGGAAUCUUGUCCAACAGGUCUCUGGGGUCCCGUAUAGAUGAAUAUGAUGUUGUGGUGAGGUUGAAUGAAGCCCUGGUAAAGGGUUAUGGCAAAGAUGUAGGUACCAAAACCACCAUGAGGAUCACAUAUCCGGAGGGAGCUAUCCAGAAACCCGAAAACUAUGAAAAAGACUCACUUUUUGUUCUUUCUGCUUUCAAACCGCUUGAUUUCAAGUGGCUCAGACAGAUGGUCUUCAAGGAGAAAAUGAGGGGUACAGACGGCUUUUGGAAAUCGGUGGCUCAGUCUGUGCCUCGGGAGCCGAAGGAGAUUAGAAUCCUCAACCCCUACUUCAUCCAGGAGGCUGCCUUCCAGUUCAUUGGCCUGCCAUUCAACAAUGGCCUCAUGGGCAAAGGGAACAUUCCAACUUUGGGAACAGUUGCUAUAACGAUGGCACUGCACAACUGUGACGAGGUGGCGGUGGCUGGUUUUGGCUACGACAUGAACAAGCCCCACGCACCUCUGCACUACUACGAGUCUGUCAAGAUGUCCGCCAUUAAAGAGUCGUGGACACACAACAUAUCCAAGGAGAAGGAGUUCCUUCGUAAGCUGGUCAAGGCCAACGUCAUCACAGAUCUGACCAAUGGUAUCUAAGUUUACACCCGCCCACAGUCUCCCUCCACCAUUCCCAAAGGACUACUAACAGGAAGCUGGGAAAUGGAUGGACUUGCAGAAGAAAAAAAACCCCUCAGAAUCCGGGUGGCCUGCACACUGCUGGGGUUUUUAUAUCAAAGGAUAUUAAAAGAAAAAUAAAAUACAGGAGGGUUUCUGUGGAGAGACGCACACACGUGCCUUCUGAACCAAAGACUCCUGCUGAUUGAAGCAGGGGGAGCGAGCAUGGGGGAGCACUGGAUCUGCCUAGUUCGCAUCUUAUCAAAAGACAGUCGCAGGAAAGCUCCGCUGGCCCCACGCUGCAGCGUUUACCACUUCAAAGCCCUGGGUAUCACACGAGUGAGUGGUAAGAGAGGUGACACUUUGACCCACAGAAGUGAGUUGAGCUGGACUUUCUGUUCACCCUGGUGAAGAGACAGAAGACAAAGGGAAAAAGCAGGACUGUAAAAGAAUGUGUGGGGAUGGGGUAAAUAUUAGCAGUGCCAAAUGUACCUCGUACAGAGAAGAGGUCACCCCCCUCUCCUUCUGCUGCCUGAAUGUAUUCUUGUUACUCAUUGUAAAUACGAAAAAUUUUUACUGUGCUUUUUAAAAAGCUGCAGCAGCAUUCUGACCCCCACCUGUCAUUUGUGUGUUAAUUCAUCACUCCCACCCACC